GCGUAGCGAGAAGGUAAACCUGUUGACCUGUUCAAGCGGGUUAACCGGCUGCUGGGAUAAUUGAAGGUUGGUUCCAGGUUGGUGGGAAGGAGCAUGUAUAUAUACGUAGCGGAAUGGGAGAAGGUAAAAGCGUUGUUCAAUUUGGAAUUUGGAACCUUCUUAUACUUUAGCCCCCUUUCACUUGCGUACUUUCUCUUGCUGGUUGUCUUUUCCCCUUUUUCCCCGUCCAUACCACAAUUUCUCACUAAACUACGUCAUCCUCCUCACCCUUCCACCAUCCAUGAUCAAACCACCUCUUCCUUCUUUCCCAUGCGUGCCCAUACCACCCAUACGAGCGAGCCCCCAUCACUCCCACCCCACUCACUCCCCACCGCCAGAACUGUACUCACGAGAACUAGAACCAGACCAAAGACUAAGCCCAAACCCAAACCCACACCCUCACCCGCCCGCCGCCGGAUCUUCUGUCACCGACGUAGUAACUGCUGUAGUACCCGCUACCUUGACUCCUCGGGGGCCUGUUCUUGGGAACCUUUGAGUCCUUGAUUAUGACUUUGGGGUUCUUCUUCUUCGGAACCUUUGGGACUUUUGGGGUCGAGUCCUUGUGUUUGUUCUUGACUGAGUAGUUCUUGACCGAGUC